AUGUUGCUCCGUUCGUCAUUUCUGUUGCUAUGCUCGCUGGCCGCCGCAUCUGCAAGAGCGCCUCCGGUUGUUUACUUGAUCCGUCAUGGUGAGAAACCUGCAGACCCCGAUGAUCAUGGUCUCACACCAGACGGAUGGCGACGAGCGGAGUGUCUUCGUCACGUAUUUGGAGCCGACUCGGAAUACAAUAUUGGACAUAUCAUGGCACCUACCGUGAAGUGGAACGGUGAUCACCGACGACCAUAUGAAACCGUUGCCCCUCUGGCGCAUGAUCUGGGCAUCGAUAUCGACGAUCAUUGUACUCGGAAGGACCCCCAGUGUGUGGUUGAUACGAUCCGAUCCUACGAUGGGCCCGGCAACCUGUUGAUUUCUUGGCGGCAUUCUAAUUUACACAUAAUCCAGGAGCUGCUGGGUUUUGAACAUCACGUCGAAUACCCCGAAGAUCGGUUCGACCUAAUUUGGACUAUUCCACACCCUUAUGAUGAAAUCACAGAAAUCUACUCCGAGCAGUGUCCUGGGUUGGAUGUACGGCCGAGAUUGGUGGCUCAGCUUUGA